UUGUUAACAACGCACAUGUUGACGAGUUUUUAAUUAUUUAAUGUAUUUGUUAUUCUGUCUAUGAGCGAAACAGAGAGAAAGGGACAGACAUAUACAGAGGCCAGGGCCGAAGUCAGAGAGAAAGAGAGAGAGCGACAGCUUGCAUAUAUUUACGCUACAUUUCAUUUCAAUCAAUAAAGUAGCAUGUCCAUAAUCAUGACCGGCGACACGCCGGUGAUUGAUUUAGCCGAUGAUCUAGAAGACGGUGAGAUCGAUGACGAUGAUGAUGAUGAGGAACAGAAAGAUACAACACAAAAGGUCGCACAGCCAGAAAAACAACAGCAGCAACAGCUACUCAAGCCUACACCAUUGACAACCACUGGUAACUCCAGCGAUGAAGUGCUGUUUGUAAGCGUUGAACGUUUGCCUGAGAAAUUAAGCACAGCCACAGAUGACGAUGUGGUUUAUGUGGGUAUGUCCAAUGACAUGACCAAUACAGCAAAUGCAGCGUCCAGCAACAAAUCGAAGAAACCACGUCCACUUGAAGAUGAUCAUGCGGUCAACAUUGAGAAUGCCAUUGCCAAUGCGUUAAAGAAAAGUGGCAUCGAGCCGCCCAUGCCAAAAAUACACAACUCCACUAACAGCAACAUCAGCAUCAAUAGAGAUGUGGACAAUGCUGUCAACGCCAAUGGCGCUGACAACACGAAUGCUAAUAACAACGAUGGUAGUUUGUCGGCUGGGCAGGGUCCAAGUCGCAGCAGUCGGAGACGCAAGCGUAAAAAGGAGCGCGAGCGAGAACAAAGGAAAGACAAAGAGCACCAGAAACGCGCACGUCGCGACUCUAUGGAUGAAUCCGCUGGUCCUGCCGGUAGCGAAGAUAUGGAUGAUAUGGAUGAGUACGAAAUGAUGAAUGUACGUGGCGGUAGUCCACCGCCAGGUGGCGGAAGCUCAUCAACAGGCGGAGCAGGGACACAGACACACUAUCCCAGUGAUUGGCCAGAGCUGGGCGAUGGUGUCGGCUUGGGCUAUGAGUCGAUGCCGGACAACUACAGCAGCUAUGAUUCCUACUCCGACGAUGAGCCUGUCAACGUGACAGCUUGUGCACCGCAGCGCCGUCGCCAACGCCGUGAGCGCGAAAAGGAAACACGUGGCGGACGCAAGCGACGCGAUCGGGAUAGGGACAGGGAGCGUGAUGGCGAUCGGCGCCAUGAUGGCGGUGGCGGCGGCGGUGGCAACAACAAACGCAAUCGACGUGACUCCGAUUCCGAGAAGAUACGCAGCGAACCGCGAAAACUGGAGCUGUGCAAGUUUUAUUUAAAGGACUGCUGCGCAAAGCGUGAAAAGUGCAGUUAUAUGCACAAAGAGUUUCCCUGCAAAUACUACUACCUGGGCAUGGAGUGCUAUGCCGGCGAUGAAUGUCUCUUCCAUCAUGGCGAGCCGCUGAGCGAGCAACUGCGCAACAUAUUGCUCAAGCACAUGGAGACGGCACCCAAGGAGAUACUCGGUGACUUUAAGCGCAUUGCGCGUGACGUUGCACUGACUCAGCUGACGCGCCGCCACGAGCAGCUGUGCGAGCAAUUUGGCGUGGACAAUAGUUGGACCACCUAUGCUGGCGCCGGCAUCAGCCAUCGCCUGCAAGAUCAACAGCAGCAGCAACAGGUCGCCAAGGCAGCCGCAACGGCAGCAGUGGCUGUCAGUCAAGCGGCCGCAUUAGCGGCAGCUGUAGCAGCCAGCGGUAAUCAGAAGAUGGCAGCGGGUGGUACCACAGCAAUACCCUCUUUGUUGGACAUGGUUAUUAAUCCGCCGCUCAGCGAUGCCAAGGCCGAGAAGAAACGGAAAUCGCGUUGGGCUGAGAAAGGGGCAGCAGCAAAGAGCACAACGGCAACUGUAACGACUACUGCAGUUGCUCCAAUUGCUGCUGCUGCAGUCGCUCCGAUGGCUGCUGCUCCAAUUGCUGCUGCAGCUGCUCCAGCGAAGCCUUUACCAGCGCAUUUGGAUUUGGUGAAUCUAGCACAGGUAUUGAGUGCUGAGCACAUGGGAAAGCUAAACAAAUUAGGCAUUAGCAAUUUGGAGCAAAUGAUGCAAGUACCUUUUGGUCAGUUAACUGAGGCGGGUCUGACGUUGCCCGAAAUUGGUGAAAUCCAACGCAUGGCCGAGCAGUCAAAUCCCAACGAAGUCGCGAAGAGCAGCCCAGCUGAGACGAGCACUAAAACGGAACGGGAGCCGGCUAACAACACUCCAGCAACAGCAAGCACCUUGCCAGCUUCCACCAAUAGCAACAGCAACAGUAACAAUGGUUUCAUUAUGGUCGACUAUACACAGUAUCUGAAAGAUGCGCAUGUUACUGAACAAUUGGACGAUGAUCAUUUGGAGGAUGAUGAGCAGCUGGUUAUCGACGUUGGCAACGAGGAGGAGGAUGAUGAAACUGGCAGCGAUACAAAGUCCAAGUCGAAGUGUACUGAAGAUGAACAGCAGACAAACACAGAGGAGCCAAAGAAACCGCCAGAGGCGGAGGACGAGGAUGCGCCACCAUUGCCUUCGGUGUUUGAUCUGCCCACAUUUAUGAGCAACAUGCUGGGCCAACAGCAGCUAAUUCCGCAAAAGUCUGAGGAUACGCCAACGCCUGCGGAGAAGUCGCCCGAGCGGGCCAGCUCGUACGCUACUACUGCAACUGUUACGCCCAAUGAGAUUAGUUCGCCCAGUGGUGUAUUCAACAAUCUACUCUUCGAUGGUAAACAAGAUCCAGAGGCACGCGCCGCCUUCUAUCGCGACAUCAUACGCAAUCCCUUCAAGGCGAACCUCGGUGAUGCGGGGCCAGACGAUAGUAAUGAUAACUAUAGCUUUGGCCAGCACAGCAAUUCCAAUUCACGUUCGCUCACACCCACACCAGAGGCAGGCUCCCGAUCGCCAUCAGCAGCAAACACAGACGAGCCGCUGUUAGCUGAAUCCACGACACCUUCCUUAUACACACGCGCUUCAAUGUACGACUAUGAUGAGGCCAAGGCAGCUCUUGAGGAUGCUCGCGCCAGCGAAGAUCCACGUGGACGCGAUCGUGAUGUGGACAUGCGUUUGCCAUUCGAGCCGAUGAUGCAUUAUAUGCCCGCCACAGAAAUUGAUGCUGCGAUCUUUUCACAUGUGCCGCUGCGCUGGCGUCUGCAGGUGGUAUUUGUAGAGCCACCAAACUUUGCACUAUUGCGCCAAGCAGCGAGUCACAAGGAGCAAUGUGACCUGCGUGAUCCACGCCUGCGACGCAUACUUGGAUUGUCAGAGCUAAGCUUUGACGAAGGCAGCAUUGGGAGCGCUAGCAGCAGUGGUGCCAGCAGCAUCUUCAGCGUCAAUACCUUCAGCAGCGCAGACCGACGUGAGCGCGCAACAAGCAACUGCAUCAGCUCGCCGGAUGGGCAACAGUUCAGCUAUGGCGAGACCACGCCCAGUUCUCCGCCACCGUCGAUGAUGCCUCCGUUGCCUGCCAUGAAUGUGCCGCCGCCAACGCUGGCCAGCGCUGAAUCUACAGACCCACGACGCACAGAUCCUCGACGUGAUCCGCGACGCGCGCAUCUGAACAGCGCCAGCAGCAACUCGGUGAGCAGUUUUAGUGGCGCUACCACAACUAUUGCUGCUAACGACUGCAGUCGUCAGAUAUUAGAGAUACGCAAUCUGCUGCAAAGCUCCAAUUGGUACAAGAAUCUGGGAAGCAACAAUAAGAUUUUGGUUAAUCAGCAACUGGCGCUGGUAUUUACCGAACUGAAAAAAUUCCAUCAGCAGGAUGGGGCCAGUAAGAUUUUCGAUGUCAAUUUUAUAGUGAACAACCAGACGCUGCAACAGAUCUUUGCCAAGCUACACAUCUAUAUCGAUGACAAUGGUCUGGUGGUGCAGCUGCCGGAGGAGCCGCCCAACCAAACGCCGCUUGUGGUGCCGAAUAUGGGGCCCAUAUUGCCGAACAUGUCACAGCCGCCACCGAAUCUGGCACAGCUGCUGUGCCAGCCUCCACCAAAUGUUGCACGCAUGUUGCCAAUGGGCAUGCAGGGUAUUUCUCCAUUUAAUCAACCACCGCCGGCUGCAGCGGCGCGUGCCAAUAGUAUCCUGGGCAUGCCGCCUCCGAAUGGCCCCGCUCCGGGUGGCAUCAACAACAAUCAUUUCAAUCCAUUUGCCGGCGGUAAUAAUCUGAAUGCGCUCAAUAAUCUCAACAAUCUGAAUUUAAAUAAUCUGAACAAUAUGGGCAUGAAUAAUAUGAAUAUGAACAUGCGCCCAGGCUUCAACGGAUGUGGCGGCCCUGGGCCUGGUCCAGGUCCGGGUCCCUUUAAAAAUUUUGGUCCCGGAAAUAACAAUGGCAACGGCAAUCAAGGACAUGGACGACACUUUGUGGGCGGCGGUGGUAAUAACCGUAAUCGCAGUGGCAGUGGUAAUCGCAAUAGGAACAAUUGACGAAACAAUUGACGAAGCAAUUGACGAAACAAUUAGUUUCGCAUGCGUAUAAUCCAUUCUCCCCCGCCUCUUUUGUCCGCACUGAAAACAAAAAAAAAGACUUGUAGCAUUAUGUUUAUGUUGAUGAUUAUAUGUCUCCAAGUACUCUCUGCCCCUGCCCCCUUGCCCUGGAUGCACUUAUCGAGAAAAUCGAUGUGUUAGCCGUAACGGUUUUUUUUACUUAAAUUUGAAUAUGUAUUUCAGUUUAUACACAAUAUUAUUUUUCUUUUUUUUUCUAG